CAUUGGGCCUGUUAACACUUCACUUCUUUUGCUUCUCCGCUCUCUCAGGCCCUCGAGAAUGAAAAGGAGGUUGAGCAGAGAGCGUGAGGACAGUCCCUCAUCCUGCGAGGGGCCGACGGACUCCUGCAAGAGGGUCAGACAGCCCACAGAGGACUCUGGAGAUCUGCCGCCCGACUGGGCUCGCCUGCCGCAGGAGAUCCUGCUCCACAUCUUCCAGUUCCUGCCUCUCCUGGACCGGGCCUUCGCCUCGCAGGUCUGCCGCGGCUGGAACGAGGCCUUCCACAUGCCCGAGCUGUGGAGGUGCUUCGAGUUUGAGCUCAACCAGCCCGCCAGCUCUUACCUGAAGGCCACCCAUCCUGACCUAAUAAAGCAAAUCAUCAAGAGGCACUCCAAUCAUCUACAGUACGUCAGCUUCAAGGUGGACAGCAGCACAGAGUCAGCGGAGGCUGCGUGUGACAUCCUGUCUCAGCUGGUCAAUUGCUCUCUGAAGACGCUUGGGCUGAUCUCCACUGCUCGGCCGAGCUUCAUGGAGCUGCCAAAGUCCCACUUCAUCUCUGCACUCACCGUGGUGUUUGUCAACUCCAAGUCUCUGUCGUCUCUGAAAAUUGACGACACGCCAGUGGAUGAUCCUUCGCUCAAGGUCCUGGUAGCCAACAACAGUGACACACUCAAGCUGCUGAAGAUGAGCAGCUGCCCACAUGUUUCUCCUGCAGGUAUUCUGUGCGUGGCUGAUCAGUGUCACGGUCUGAGAGAGCUGGCUCUGAACUAUCACUUACUGAGCGACGAGCUGCUGCUGGCGCUGUCCUCCGAGAAGCACGUGCAUCUCGAGCAUCUGCGCAUAGACGUGGUGAGCGAGAACCCCGGCCAGCAGUUUCACACCAUCAAGAAGAGCAGCUGGGACGCCAUGGUGCGCCAUUCGCCCAAAUUCAACCUGGUCAUGUACUUCUUCCUGUAUGAGGACGAGUUUGGGCCCUUUUUCCGUGAUGAGAUCCCCGUUACGCACCUGUACUUCGGCCGCUCGGUCAGUAAAGAGGUCUUGGGCCGCGUGGGCAUGAACUGUCCGCGUCUGGUGGAGCUGGUGGUGUGUGCCAACGGUCUGCGGCCGCUGGACGAGGAGCUGAUCCGUAUCGCCGAGCGCUGCCAGCACCUGUCGGCCAUCGGACUGGGCGAGUGCGAGGUCUCCUGCAGUGCUUUCGUGGAGUUUGUGAAGAUGUGUGGCCGCCGUCUCUCUCAGCUCUCCAUCAUGGAGGAGGUGCUCAUCCCAGACCACAAAUACAGCCUGGAUGAGAUCCACUGGGAAGUGUCCAAGCACCUCGGGCGCGUCUGGUUUCCAGAUAUGAUGCCCACCUGGUGAAACGUUCAUCGGUUGUGUUCAGAAGACCGUCUAAGCCUUUGGUAAUAUGGACUCGAUGGCUUUUUGUGAGUUUCACAGUUUGAGAUGGAUAUUCCCACAGUGCUAUAAUGAAUGUGGACUGUUGUAAAGGGACAGUUCACGCAGAAAUGAACAAGUUGUCAUCAUUUACUCACCCUUGAGUCCUUUCAAACAUGUAUGAUCUUCUUCUGUGGAUAAUGAAAGAAGAUAUUUUGAAGAAUGUUGAAAUCCGUUUUGGUGGCCAUUAACGUCAUUUCACAAAAACAUUUCACGGAAGAAAGUCACACAGGUUUGUAGAAUGACAUGACAUGGCAUUUAUAUUAUUUUUGAAUUAACCAUUACCAUUAAGAUUUUUGCCAUAAAUAACAAUCGAGCAUUUUUUACCAAU